AUGUCGUCGGCAGCCCUGCAGUCAGCCCCCCAUCAACCAACCGCCCUGGCCUCGCCUCCGAUGCCUUCUUCCUCAAACCGCCAAUACGGUUCACCGCACUCCUCACCCAGCCGGGCCGCCGCGUGCGAUGCUCAUCUAGCUGCAACCUCAUCACCGUCCUCAAGACGGCCUCCCUCUCGCAAGGCGAGCGGCAACGGUGGUUCGUCUUCUGUUGACCAAACAGUUCCGAGAUCGAGCCGCAACGGGACGUCUGCAUCGUCACCUCAAGAGUACCGGCCAUCGAGAUCUGAACGUUCUGCCAACAUGCCCCCUGUUGCUCCUCCGCGGACCUCUUCGUCUGGUCAACAAGGCGCGAGUAGUCGAAGACCACAAUAUCCCAACGAUCCCGUCAGCAGCUCACCACGCCAUAACCCACCCGAUAGCCAACGGAGUGGCUCACAUGGUGAUACGAAUGGUUACUCGGAAACUUCCAGGAGCAAACGAGCCGCCAAUUCCCACCAGCCUCAGGAUCAGACCCGUCCCUCAAGUAAUAGAGACAAUAAAACUGCGGAAAUGACCAUCCCUAUCCGUACCAACCCGGCAUCGAGCUCAAAACAUCCACAUGACCUUGGCGAUGAUCUCGCUCGGGCCAUUCCCAACGCAGAGGAGCCGAAUGGCAGUGUCGGCCACCAUACCUCAUCUCAAGAUCGUCAUGACGCAGCACAGCCACCUGUUGUGCCCAUGAACCCUCCGGGGGAAGAGCGACGAGGUGGCCGUAGCCGGCAUGACCACAGUCGCAGCCAUAAAGGGACCACCAAAUUUGGAGACUUUAUCCUAGGAAACACAAUUGGCGAAGGCGAAUUCGGCAAGGUCAAGUUGGGUUGGAAGCAAGACAGCAGCGUGCAGGUUGCAAUCAAACUAAUAAAGAGAGAUACUGUGGGCGGUAACCCUUCUCGACUGGGCAAAAUUCGUCGCGAAGUAACAAUUUUACGAGGCGUGCAGCACCCCAACAUUGUACGACUAAUAGACAUGAUAGAGACCGAUAGAUACAUCGGAAUCAUCCUAGAGUAUGCUUCUGGUGGUGAACUUUUCGAUUACAUUUUGAAUCACCGAUAUCUCAAAGACCACUCAGCGCGUCGCCUCUUCUCACAACUUGUUUCUGGCGUAGGCUAUCUGCACAAGAAGGGCAUCGUUCACAGAGACCUGAAACUAGAGAACCUGUUGUUGGAUCGCAAUCGCAACAUUAUCAUUACAGAUUUUGGCUUUGCCAACACUUUUGACCCGAACGAAGAGCUCACUGAAGAUGAAGAGCUCCAUCUGACAGAUCGGGACCAGGUCAAGCGAAUGGGUCUAGACAAGAUCAAGCCUAAUGGGAUGAGAAAAGGCGAUCUGAUGCAGACCAGCUGCGGAAGUCCCUGCUACGCCGCACCAGAGCUCGUAGUCAGUGACUCCCUGUACACUGGCAGGAAAGUUGAUGUCUGGAGUUGUGGUGUCAUUCUGUAUGCCAUGCUGGCUGGCUACUUGCCAUUUGACGACGACCCUGCCAACCCCGAAGGCGAUAACAUCAACCUCCUUUACAAAUACAUUGUUUCUACACCUCUUACAUUCCCUGAAUACGUCACCCCGCACGCCAGAGACUUGUUGCGACGCAUCCUGGUCCCCAACCCGAGAAAGCGAGCCGACCUUUUUGAAGUCGCUCGCCACAGCUGGCUAAGCGAAUAUGCACAUGUUGUCGAAUUUAUUACCAGUUCUACCACACUGCCUUCUGAUGUCCAGAAUGCGACGGCGGUGGCACAAGAAUUCGCUGAUGCUCCGAUGGUCACAAGGAGUGCUUCUGUGCGCGAAGCGGCGAAACACAAGUCUCCUACACAGGCGGGAGUUGGCGGCCUGGCUAAGGCGCACGCAAAGAUUGAUCAGGAGGCGGAGCCAACCUACCGCACACCCAAGGAUGCGAAACGCCGAACCGUCCAAGUCGAGUAUGUAGCACCGACAACACAAACACAGCGUGGAGGCGACCCUGUUGUCUCACGGCCGCCAGUGUCCCUCAACCGCGACUACGAUGAUGGCCGCCCAGGCUCGUCAAGAGACAAAGCUUUACACCAAGAUCCUCAAGACGCAUAUGCUACAUCAUCUCAGUCGAAACGGCCACCCAGCGGUCACAAUACCGCUGCAACACGACCACGUGAAACUCGUGCGACGACAGAUAAUGCCUACAUGACUGGAACUUCUACUGCGGCAAGGCCACAUACUGGUGGUUCUAUGCAAUCGGCAGCUUCCAUGAGUCUACAAGCACGGGCAAACUAUGGGCAGCCAGCUCCGCCUACGCUUGCGGACACGAAUGUUCAGGGCCGUAUACAACAGCCUUCUAACCCCGACGAUGACGAUGGUAUCGGCCGAACAAGUAUGAGCGUGCCGCCCAAAUUCGCCAGAAUGUCUGGCUUCCAUGAGGGACGAGGCAAUGAGAUGAGAGGCCAUAAGAGAUCAAGCACAAUAGGAGACAUUGGCUCAAAACUCCUUGGUCGUAGUGGCUCAGUAUUCGGGAGCCGGAACAAGAAGAAGCCCGAGCAACAGCAGCAGCAACAACCCCCCGAGAAGUCCAAAAAGUAUCCCCCCGUCAGCAUGUCUAAUGCCAUGGCGCAAGGGGAAGAACAACCGGGCAGGACGUCCAUGGAUUCCCGGGCAUCACGCCGCUCGUACUCUCUAGGAAUUGGUAAGAAGAGGAGCGGCAGCGUAACUGGUUCUCAAGGGUCUGGCGAGAAGAAGGAGAAGAGGAGAUUCUCCUUGCUCCCAGCUUCAUUUUCCUUGAAAUCCAUUGGCUUCGGCAAGGAAUAUUCGGAGCCGGCGUCAUCCGAUGUAGGCUCCCAUUCGGAUUUGCCUAUUCAGUCCGGCCGAAUGGAUCCUCCAAGAAGUGUCACUGCACCCGGUGAUGCACGCGGUAGCACGCCCUUCUUCGACAACGUCCAAGAGACAGCCAACUCAAGCCCCGUAUAUCACCAACGAUAUGCCUCGGCACAACUCGACAACCGUCGGCCCAACGCAAUUCCCCCAUAUAUGCAAUCCGGAUCCCACUUCAACAGCGGCUCAGAAUCAUCAGUAGAGAUUCGUCGCCCCCCGACGGAACCGCAAAUGAGAACUCACAGCCACGGUUUCUCCGAUGUUGAGGGUUAUGACAAUCGACGAGCCACCACCAGCCGCGGUCAGCGAGGCGUCCUACAAAAGAACCACAAACGGUUCACAGACGCCUACGACCACGAUGAGUACAGAGGCCAUGAAGGAAGCAGUGGAGCUGCCAAGCGAGUCAUGGACUUCUUUAGAAGACGAGGCAAGGCUCGAGGAGGCGAUGACAGGUGA